AACUUGCUAACCACAAAACCCGCCGGGCCAGUGCGGGAGCUGCGGAGCGUCGGCUGCUGUCCUCGCCGGUCCUUCCCGCGAGCGUGACCGAGCUGUCCUCGCACCCGGAGGGCAACAGGGGCCCCCGCGGGCCCCUCACCGCCAGGAUUGCUAUGAGGGUUUGAGAGAGUGGUAUAUGUUAAUUGCUGAACACCAUGCCUACCUCUCAGUAGAUGAUGUAAAAAUCCUGGUUGUUAUCACUGAGAAAGGAAGAAUGCCCAACCUGUGAGCACUGCUUCUUCAAUCACUAGAAAUUUUAUGUCCUCUUCUCACCUUAGUGAGAGGAAGAAGAAGAAAUCCUAUAACCUGUGCGGCCUUCCUGAAGCAAGCUAAGCAAACUAAGACCAAGACAGGUCCUCUGUGACCUUGAAAGACCAAGGCUACACCGCCAUUUAAAAUGUCCUUCCAGGAAGGGCGGAGCUUGACCUACAUUGGGGUCAUCUUUUGUUUCCUGACUCUAAGGCUGUCCACCGGUCAGAACUGCCUCAACGAGAGCCUUUCGGAUGUUGUCAUUGACAUCCAGGCAUCUAUUUCUAAAGGAAUCCGCGGCAAUGAGCCCGUGCAUACGCCAACUCAACAAGACUGCAGUAGGUCUUGCUGUUCAACAAGAAAUAUAGCAGGAGACAAGGCGUGUAACCUGAUGAUCUUCGAUACUCGAAAAACUGCCGGACAGCCCAACUGCUACCUGUUUUUCUGUCCCAGUGAGGAAGCCUGUCCACUGAAACCAGCAAAAGGACUUAAGAGCUACAGGAUAAUUCGAGAUUUUCCAUCUUUGGCCAAGACUGAUGUGCCGAGCCAGGAGCCAACUGGAGAAGAUUCUCUCUUACACGGCCACUGGCCACAGGCAGCCACGCCCUCACUCACUCUUCCAUCACCUGGUUAUUCAAAGUCCACCAACCUCUCAUGGAAAGAUGUGUUGUCCCAGAAGGUGGGGUCCCCACGUCCCUUGGAGAAGCUCUUCAAGAUGGAGCAAGUGAGUCUGCCAUGGAUUCCUGCUGAUCAAGAAAAAGGCCUUUCUCAGGGGGCACCAUUUUCCUCCCAACAGGAGAUGGCUAAGCUGCCGCCUAAAAAGGUGGCUACGCCCCCAGCUGCUGGGGCAACUGCUUCUCCACGUGCCGACUCUGCUACCCCAAAGACUGUGGCUCUCCCAUCCACAGUGGCACCUUCUGUGGCUGUGUGGCCACUGGAGGCCACCACGGCUCAAGGGAUAACCACUGUCACUUCUCUGCCCCCAACACCCCAAGCCAUGGCCACAACAGCAGCUCCCACCACCACCUUCCAGGCACCUAGCGACCUGAAAGGCACCAUUGUCCCGGUGCCUAGGGAAAAAAUCACCAGCGUCACUCCGCUUCCUGGGGACACACAGGACCCUGCCACGCUGUCUUUGUCAGAAGUGGAGGCGUCCUCUAAGCAUGGAGCUGCCCCUCGGGGUGACGGGGAGGCCAGGGCCCCGGCGGGCCGCGGUCACCUCCCCCUUGAGAAGUGGCUUCUCGUGGGGACGCUGCUGCUGGGCGUCCUGUUCCUGCUCAUAGGCCUUGUCCUCCUGGGCAGGAUUCUCGCCGAGUCCCUCCGCAGGAAGCGCUACUCACGGCUUGAUUAUCUGAUCAAUGGCAUCUACGUGGACAUCUAAGGACAAAGCUAAACGCCCCUCGGUUCAUUCCUGACAGAAGCCUAGAUGUCCCAGCCUCACAGGAACGUGCCCCCCCCCCCGCACUUUGUUUUUGUUUCUUUUUUGAGGAGGAGGGGGCAAAGUGACUAGGUUAGGAGAUUUGAAUGGUCUGCUUCUAGAAUAUUCUCUGAAAAUAAAGCUCUACCUACAGUAAUAAUGCAUAACUGCUGUUAAAAAAAAAAAAAAGGACAUCAAGAUUCCAAUCCACUAAUAGUUCUGGUUUUUCUGGUUCCAGAUAAAAUCCUUGUUUAUGAUAUUAGUUCUAAUGGGUUCACUUUCCUUUUUAUAUGAAUUCCAGUAAAACCUAUUCCAGAUGUAGUCUCUUCCAAUUAAACAUUUGAAUAAAUCUUUUGUUGCUCAGGGAUGUUCUUGUAAGUGACACAUCCAACUGGAUAAUUUUCAAUUUAUUCCCAUCAGCAAAAUGAUUAAAUGCUGAAAAUAUGUGUUCCGAGAUAAAAUGACAAUCUCCCCUCUCCCCAGUUCCCAUUAAUGGGCAAAGAGAUUCCUUUGGGGGGAGUUUUAACAGAAUAUUAGCCUGAGUGGAGAAAAUGAUAAAUCAGUUCUGAAAAAUGGCCAAAUCCACUUGGGUCUGUUCUAGUCAACUUUUUUUUUAAGGUUAUAGACUACGUCUAAGCUUGUACUAAGUUUUAAUUGUACCAGUACUGGUGCAGGCAAUUUGGCAUGGUGGGGUCAGCUGCUGCUUGUGCUGCCUGCAACCCAUAUCAGAGUGCUGAUUCUAGUCCCAGCUCCUCUGCUUCUGAUCCAGCUUCCUGCUAAUGUACCUAGGAAAGCAGCAGAUGAUGGCCCAAGUACUUGGGUCCCUGGAUCCCAUCGGAGACCUGGAUAGAGUUCCAGACUCCCGGCCUCUGACUGGCCCAGCCCCAGCUUUUGCAGGCAUCUAGGGGAAUGAACCAGUUGGAAGAUCAAUCUCUCUCUCUCUGACUCCCCCUUCCUGUUACUCUGCCUUUCAAGUAAAUAAAUACCUCUUUAAGUAACUGUACCAAUGUUAAUUAUAAAUCUUUGUCUAAACUUGGCCAGCAGUCAUUUUUAACCUUAUUUGGAAUAGCAUUGAAAAUAACACAUAAUACUUAGAUUAGUGUGCUAUAAUUUUUACUGAUAGGUUAUUCAAAUUUCUGGGAAAUGCUUUGAAAUAAAGAGUUUGCCAGAUAAGUUACAGAUAGGAUAACUUAGAGUCUAGAAAGCUUUCUUGGUCCAUUUAAUGCCUUGUCCUGAGGUGGAGUCUGGUCCCUUUCAGGUGCCAAUAGAAUUUUUAAAUAUGAAAAUAGAAUUAAUGUUGUCUCAAUUUUUAAAAAAGAAAAUUAAAAAAAAUUGCAUGGGGCUGGUGCAGUGGCACAGUGGUAAAACCACCGCUUGCAGUGCCAGCAUCCUAUCUGGGCGCCGGUUCAAGAUCAAGCUGCUCCACUUCUGGUCCCACUCUCUGCUGUUGCCUGGGAAAGCAGUAGAAGAUGGCCCAAGUACUUGGGCCCCUGCACCCAUAUGGGAGACCUAGAAGAAGCUCCUGGCUCCUGGCUUCGGAUCGGCACAGCUCUGGCCAUUGUGGACAAUUGGGGAGUGAACCAGCGGAUGGAAGACCUCUCUAUCUCUGCUUCUCCUUCUCUGUGUAACUCUGACUUUGAAAUAAAUCUUUAAAAAAUAAUACAGCCAAUUAUGUACAUCAA